GCAGCCAAGGAAGCGGUCCUGGGGAAGAGAGAACCGCGGAGGGUGCAAAACCAGCCGAGCAGGAACGGCGGCCACCUUGCAGGCUGCAGCCCCGGCAGCCUCAGCAUGUCUGCCCCACGGCAGCCACCGAGAAUCUCGCUUUCGCCCAGACAAACACCCUCCCUGCAUCAAAGGCGGCCCCAGAAGCAGCCAAAGCAGAAGCGGCAGCUUCCCAGCUUCCCCGAUCUUUAACGCCCCGAGGGAGCCCUGCUCCUGCUCCCUCUGCCGCUCCUGCUCCCUCUGCCGCUACUGCUCUUAGGUUGUUUGCUUCAGGACACAGAAGUGUUGAUACGGACUCUGCCAUGAAACCGAACUUGAAACAAUGGAAACAACUAAUGCUCUUUGGGAUAUUUGCUUGGGGUCUCCUGUUUUUAGUCAUCUUCAUCUAUUUCACAGAUAGCAACACUGUGGAACCAGUUCCAAGUUCUUUCUCAUUUGUUGAAACUAAAAGGAUCCUGCCUAUCCAAGGGAAACAGAGAUCAAUCAUGGGUGCCAUGCACGACCCAUCCUUUUCUGAAACCAUUGAUGGAAAUGAAGUGCUUCUCAAUGGAAACCUUUUUGAUUCAUUUAAUUUAGGUUCCAAUAGCUUUCAGAAAUGGACUGAAAUAAAAAAUGGUUUGGAGAAUGAAGAGCUUUUUCCUUCUCAGAUGAGAAAAAAAUCCCCACGCCUUUUCUAUCAAGUAGAUGAUGAUUAUUUUUUUACUAUGGGCCAACCUAUGUCACACAGCCCUGACCAGCAGAUGGUGAAGUUCAUGCCUCUCAGUGAGGAGGACCAGCAAGGGGUCAUCAGACAAAAUCGAAAGAAAAUUAUCUCCAGGCACAAGAGAAGCCAAUUGCCUCACUGGGACAGACUCUAUUCCACCAUGUCCAAGUCCUUUCUGUACCGGCUUUGGAAGGGAAAUGUCUCUUCAAAAAUGCUAAAUCCACGUUUACAAAAAGCAAUGAAAGAUUACCUCACUACCAACAAGCACAGAGUGAGGUUUAGGGGUAAAAGGAAUUCCAAGCUGACAAGAGAACAGCUACUGUGUAAACUCAGGGAUCAAGUGACUGUGAAGACCCUGGAUGGAAAGGAGGCCCCCUUUUCAGACCUUGGCUGGGAGAAAUAUGUCCCUCAGGUGCCCCUGAGCAAACUCUAUCCUCAAGGUUUGGGGAGUUGUGCGGUAGUCAUGUCUGCAGGUGCAAUCCUGAACUCCUCACUGGGGGAAGAAAUAGAUUCUCAUGAUGCAGUUUUGAGGUUUAAUUCUGCUCCUACACAUGGUUAUGAAAGAGAUGUUGGAAAUAAAACAACCAUGCGCAUCAUUAAUUCCCAGAUUCUGACCAACCCAAACCAUCACUUCAUUGAGAGUUCAUUAUAUAAGGAUGUCAUUUUAGUGGCUUGGGACCCUGCUCCUUACUCGGCAAAUCUUCACUUGUGGUAUAAGAAGCCAGAUUAUAAUCUCUUCACUCCUUAUAUUCAGCAUCGUAGAAAGAACCCAAAUCAACCCUUUUAUAUUCUUCAUCCUAAAUUUAUUUGGCAACUCUGGGACAUAAUCCAAGAGAACACUAAAGAGAAGAUUCAGCCAAAUCCCCCAUCUUCUGGUUUCAUAGGAAUACUUAUCAUGAUGUCGCUGUGCAGAGAAGUGCACGUGUAUGAAUACAUUCCAUCUGUACGACAAACUGACCUCUGCCACUAUCAUGAACUAUACUAUGAUGCAGCCUGCACUCUGGGGGCCUAUCAUCCCCUGCUGUAUGAGAAGCUACUGGUGCAGAGGAUAAACAAAGGCAUCCGGGAUGACCUGUACCGAAAGGGGAAAGCAAUCCUGCCAGGAUUUCGGGCUAUCAGCUGUCCUGAAUCUGAUCAAUUUCCGAAUCCUUAAAAAAAAAGAAAGAAGGGGGAAAAAAGGAAGGAAGGAAGGAAAAAAAGAAGGAA